AUAUAAAGCAGUCAUACCGGCGUAAAUUAAUUUCUGGUGUUGAGAUGGAAAUCCUUUUUGUGCCUCGAUUUUAUCCUUGAGAUCUUUGACCUAGAAGAAGGGUAAAGCUAUGGUUAGAAAUAAAUUUAGCCAGAUAAUUAAACCGGUAAUGGUUUGUAGGAAUGCGUGAAAGUAUAAAAUGGAGUUUAGAAAAACGGUGCUGCUGCCCUCUUUGAUCAAGCUUUAUCUUAACCUCAAAUUCCGGGUAGUGUACUUCAAGAAUUGGUAUAUAUAGGUACUCUGCAGCUGUAAAGAUACAUAUGAUAUAUACAUAUAUAUGUAUACACUUACAAUAUAUGUUGGAUAAAAUUAUUUAAUUAUCCAAGUAACGAACGUAUCGCUACAAUCAUUGUUAUAAUGAUACUGUAAUAUUUGCUGAUAUAUUACAAAGAAAAAUGGAAGAUUUAUUUUUGAAAUUGAAAUCGGAGAAUGAUCAAGAUUUUUCUCAAGCUUUGACAACAUUUGUCAACAAUUAUGCCAGUGUAACCAAGUUUGAAUUUUUGGAUAAAGAAAAUUUUCGAAGUCAAAUUUGGGAAGCUAUAUUUUUACAUUUGAACAGUAAGGAACAAUAUUACAUUCACGAACAAUGUUUAGCUACGCUUAGAAUUCUCAGCCGUGAUAAAACAAAUUUAGAUAGCAUUUUAACAAAAGAAAAAUUAAAUGUGAUACUAGAGUAUGCCGGUCUUAAUAUUAAGCAAGAAAAGUAUACCAUCAGUUCAGUUGCAAAUGAAGCUCAAAAGUUACUAUGUAAUUUAUUAUUCAACAGUCCUAAAAUACAAACAACUCUUAUAGAGACAUCAUGUUUAGAAUGUGUCAUUGAUCGCAUUAGUAAAUAUAAUGAAAAUAAUUGUCACGAUACAAAAUUAUUCGAUGUGAGAAUAAUUUUUUUGGUCACUGCUCUAAACAUUUCUACUCGAAAUUUUGUAUGUACUGAAUUGCAUGGAGAUAUUCAGUUAAUAAAAAUGUUGGAAAAUGUUUUACAGUAUUAUAGUAUGGACAACAGGGAAAUAAAGGACAAUGAUGCAACUCUAACAUGUGAAAUUUUAAAAGCUUUGUUUAAUUUAUUUUAUCAACCAAAAGACUUGACAACAGAAGAAAUGGAAAUUUAUGAAAAAUUAGUAUUUAUUUUGCGAAAUCUAUGUUUUAAUAAUAGUAAACAACAUAAAGAAAACUUGAUUAGCAAUACUGUUAAUCUAUUGACUGUUAUACCAAAAAAUUGUUAUUCCAACUUAAUUGUACAGCUACCGAAUAAUCAACAAGAUAUUAUUCUAUACGAAGAUGUUGAUAUGUCCACAAUCAAUAUAUUGAUAAUAUUUCUGAAUAACAAAUUAGAAUGCAAAACUAAUUUAAUCGAAAAUUUAUCACCAAUACUCAGUUGUUUUAUUAGAAUGUGCAAAACUGAAAGGUUGAUUCGUAAAUAUACACGAAUGCAGGUGCUUCCACCUCUCAAAGACGUCUUGCAACGACCUGAAGAAGGAACAACCUUAAGAAAUAAGCUCUGCAAAUUACUUACCACUCCAAUAACAGAAAUUCGAGACCUUGUUGCAGAAUUUCUUUUUGUGCUUUGUAAAGAAAAAGUUGGGCGUAUGAUCAAGUAUACCGGUUAUGGAAAUGCUGCAGGAAUGUUUGCUAACAAAGGAUUAUUAGGACCAGACCAUGCCAAAGUUGAUUAUUCAUCUGAAUCUGAAGACAGUGAAACUGAAGAAUAUGAAAAAUAUAAAGAAAAAAUCAAUCCAGUUGUAGGAUGUUAUGAAAGUCCUAAGCCAAAUCCCUUAGAGGGUAUGACUGAAGAGCAGAAAGAAUAUGAAGCUAUGAAAUUAGUUAGUCUUGUGGAUCAGUUACAAAGGAAAGGUUUGAUUCAACCAUGUCGUGUAGGAGAGGAUGGCAAGCCAAAAGCAAUUGAACAUGUUUUAGAAUUAAAAGAGCAGCUGCCAAAACAACAAAUCCACAGACAAGAAUCUGAUUCAGAUUAAUAUGGUAUUAUUCCAGUAUUAACCAAUAUUUAAAUAAAAAAAUUUAACAAACAAAUAAUACAAA